GCUAAGGCCGAGCAGUUAAAACUGCUUUCCGUAGCAGAAAUCGCUGAGUAGGCUAUCCGUGAAAUUGACGUCACAGAAGUGCAAUAACGAAGCGUUGAACAUGUAGCGUUCAACUUUAGCUACAAUGUUUCUCAACAAACGUAGCGACAAGCAUGCUCCCCUCAUCACUGUUCUUCUUCUUGUUGACUUUUGAGGUCCUGCCUGAGAGAAAAGGUGACCAGCUAAGUCAGGUAAGAAUUGCACAAGAUUUGGGACGUAAUUGAAAAAAUGGUUUCACGUUUAAAUGAAAUGCAUCUUUUUUUUAUAUUGACAGUUGUUGCUGGUGAAAAGAAAAAGGACAAAUAGGAAAUUUCACUCUGGAGAGGCAUGAAAUGGCUUCUCUCCCGACAAUGAAGAACAUUCCCAAUGUUGAACAUGCACUUAAAGCAUCCAAGAAACACAAAAAUAAGACAUUGAAAAAGAGAAAGAAGGAUAAGAGCAAAAAGCACGUGCCCGACUUCUUGUUGCAUGACAGCUGCCACAAGGCAAUGUGUACACAAAUGCAAGAGACCAAGAAAAGAAAAAAGUCAAAGAAGAAAAUCAAGGCCAAGGAGUACUCUCAGCGACCUGAAUUAAAGAAACAGCUCAGACUACCUGAAGAAAUGCCCCAAUCUCAGCCAUUCAUCUGCCUCUCCCCUGAUCAGGAGACGCCACAUUCCACCAAGGAGUGUAACAGAAGCGUGAAACGUAAAAAGAGAGUCAUUUUCAAACUGCCACCCGAGCAAAGCCAAGCCGCAAAGACAAAGGAAGAAUUUGGAAAGAAGCAGAUGAUUGGCGAAAGCGGCUCGGAACCCAUCGCGGCUGAAGAAGUUAACAGCCAAGACCUGUUUAUUACACAGAAAUCAUUCUUGGAUCCAUACGUGGAGAUCUCCAGCAGCUCAAGCUGCAGCGAGGCCACUAGCGCGAAGGCCCCAGAGAACCGCUCGUGUCGUUUAACCGCUGAUGUAACCACUCAAACCGAAAACUUCUUCACCUUCCCGGGACUCUCCACCUCUCUCAGGUUUCAGCAGCAGCAGAACACGUCCGAAAGCCCGGAAGAACCGGUAGACCUGAGCCUGCCAAACAGAACAAGACAAACGCACCGCCCGAAAUGGCCCAUGCUGAAGAUAUCAGACACGUCGAGUGAAGACAGCGAUACGGUGCCCAAAGCCAAAGGCGAUCUGCUCCAGCUGAAGGUCAUCCAGACCCGCUUGAACGAGUCUUUCUUUUUUAAGAUGAAAGGGGAAGAUUCGCCGAAGCCCGUGUGCCCUCUGAUGAAGCUCAAGGAAAGUGUUGAGAAAAGAACGAAGAAGUAA